AUGUCUUCAUCGUGCCAGUCCCUCCUUGCCGCGCUCCGCGACUGUCUCCUCGCGUCGGAGUGUGUAACUAAACAAGGCCACAAGCCAACGGAGUGUCUACGCGACCAUACCGACGAGCUGCCGGAAGAGUGUAGGAUGCUGAGGAAAGCGACAUUUGACUGUAAACGCGGAAUGAUAUGCGGAACAGAUUUCGCGGAAACCCUGGCGCGCAAUUUCGCUAUGUGCCGGUGGACAGGUCAACUACUGCUUCUGUGGAUUCAGACACGAGUUGAAUGCAAAUCAUCACGUCUUUCUUUGCUCAUUGGAGUCGUUACGAACCCCAUGGGCUAUAAAGUGACCGUCUUUCUAGCCGAGCUCCAACUGGCCUACCCUUCUACCAACCUCUCCUACGCCUACGAGUCUAUCAACAUCUCGACCAACCGCCAGAAAGAGCCAUGGUUCCUCGAACUUAACCCAAAUGGACGUAUUCCUGUCCUCAUCGACCGUCAGCGGAACAACUUCGUCGUCUUCGAAACCGCUGCGAUACUUCUCUACCUUGCACAACACUAUGACGUCGAGAAGAAGUUCUGGUUCGAUGUGACGAAUGAGGCGGAUGACUAUAGCGAGAUGCUGCAGUGGGUGUUCUUUGCGCACGGCGGAAUUGGGCCGAUGCAGGGUCAAGCCCAUCACUUCCACCAUGCUGCCCCCACCGACAUUCCCUAUGGCAAGAAACGCUACACAGAGGAAACCAAGCGGCUCUACGGUGUACUCGAGUUGCGUCUCGCACAAAACGGUGGGCGUGAUUGGCUUGCCGGACCGGGGCGUGGCAAAAUCUCCAUCGCAGACAUCAAUGUGUCGCCCUGGGUGAGAGUCUAUAAGAAGGCGUUUGUAGACAUCGAAGAGUUCCCAAGAGUGAAGGCAUGGCUUCAACGGCUUCUUGAUCGACCUGGGUACCAGGCAGGCCUCAACGUUCCAGUUUUGCCGUGA